AUGGACUCGCUGUCAGCCCAUUACUGCACGCUACAAGCACACACUUCGACAGCACUCGCCUCACCCGCUCUCUGGACCGCGCUCGUCGACUCCCUCCCCGGACCCGACCGCGACGACCCGCCGACCUGCCUCGCGCUCGCUCUCGCACCGAGGCAUGCCAGGUCUGCGCGAGGGAAGGAGUUGAGGACGGUGGUUGUGCGCGCGAGGGAGGCGAGCAAGCAGGAGAUGAGGGACGCCGGCGAGGAUGAUGCGGGCCAACAGGACUUGCCAGAGAACGUCUUGCUCCUUCCGACGCGACUCGUCCAGGCGCACCCAGCAGUCUUCACCCGCCGGUCCUCCUCAUCCCCCACCUCCGCCUCUCCUCCCUCCCUCUCCCUAAGCAUAGCGCAAGCGCUCCCGCUCACCUCCGCGAUCUUCCUCUCACUCGACUCGACGUCCUACACGAACGCCUCAGACAAGUCAGGGCGACUCGAGACGCUCCUCGCAGAAAAAGAAGCGGAUCUUGUUCGUGAGGGCGAUGUGGUGCACUUGCCUGGUGUUGGGCGUUGGAAAGUCGCCGUGACGGAACCGCUGCUGCAGGGCGCGUUCGUCAAGGGAAAGACGAGGUUGCUUGUUCUGCCGCCCGCAGAUGGCGGAGCCCAGGAGGACGAAGCGGUCGACGCGGGCUUGGUGGAUGGGACAGACGCGUCCGAGGAGGACGACCUACUCGACUUCGACAUCGACGACUCGUUCCUCGCCUCCUCCGUCCUUCCUUCCCGCCGCGCGCACGCAACACCCCUCACGUCUCCCCUUCCCUCCUCCGCCGGUGUAAACGGGAAGAGCUUCCCUCUCAUCGAGCCCCCUCCCACCACUCACUCCGGCACAUCCAUCUCAGCCCUCCCACUUUCUCUCCCUGUCCCGGCCGACGCGCUCACCCCUCCGCCAGACGCAGACGAAGACGACCUCCCUCAUGCGCUGGCUUCGACGGCUGAUUUGGGACGGCUGGGGCUCUUCAGUGGAGACUGGGCUUUGGUGGAACCUGCGAACGCGGUCGGCGGAGAGGAGGAGCAGAAGGACGAAGAUAGGGGACGGCUUGUGAGGGUGUUCGCGGGUGAAGGGUUGCUGUACGGACGAGAGGCAGUUGCGUCCUCCAUCUCGACACUCUAUCUUCCCCCGCCUCUGCUCUUCAACCUCCUCGGUCCCUCCUCUCUCUCCUCGACGCCCUCCUCCCCCUCCUCUCUCACCCUCCACCCGGCUCCUCUGCUCUCCCCAAUCCUCCCCCUCCCCUUCCCCACCGCCUCCUCAGUAACCAUCUCACGCCUCGCCUCCCCUCACUCAGUAAACAAACUCUACCAGCCGCUCUUCCUCGAGGGGUUGAAGGAGUAUUUCUCUGGGAGGAGGAGGGCGGUCAAGAGGGGUGAUGUGAUUGCUGUCGGGAUUGACGAGGAGAAGGUUAGGUACGUCGGGGAGGGGAAGGGUGAGGCGGUUGAAGAGGACUUUGAUUUGCCAGACGAAUCCGCCGCCCCGACAGCCGUCGUUCACUUCCUCAUCACCUCUCUCUCAGUCGACGCAUCUACCUCCUCCUCCGCACCAACAGGCGACUUUGACCUCGACCGCCGCCUCGAAGACGGCUUGCUCGGAUGCUUUGUGGACCCGAAGGUGACCAAGUUGUUGCAGACGGGCGUCGAGAGGGGACGGGUGCCGGAUGAUGCGGGAUGGCUUGGGAUUGAAUCCUCUCCGACCGUCCCCCUCGCGCCCGACUCGCUUCUCGGCACCCCAACCCCAGCCUCAAAGCUCUACGACUUCCUCCUCUCCUCCCUCACCCCGCGCGCCUCCACCUACUCCCUCCCCCUCACAGUCCUGCUCAAAGGCUCCCUGGGAAGCGGCAAACGAACUCUCAUCCGCUCCGUUGCCCGUCGAGCCGGUGUUGGACUCCUCGAGUUGGAUUGCUUUGAUUUGCUUGGGGAGAGCGAUGCGAAGACGGAGGGACGCCUCAGGGCGCUGGCGGUGGAUAAGGCGCUGGCUUGUGCGCCGGUGGUGUUGGUGUUGAGGAAUGUCGAGGCAUUGGCCAGGAAGAGUCAGGCGAUGGAGACAGGGCAGGAACCGCCUAUGACGACCGUCCUCCGAGACUGCUUCGCGACGAUCCGGGACGGCUGGAAAGCGAGCGGUCACCCGGUCGUCGUGGUCGCUACGACGACAGACGUCGAGAAGGUCCCGACGGGCGUCCUCGGCUUGUUCAAGGAGGAGAUCGGCAUCCAGGCCCCGGCAGAACCCGAGCGACUCGCCAUCCUGCGAAACCUCACCGCCUCGGACAUCAUCUCCCCCGACGUUUCUCUCCGCUCGCUCGCAGUCCAAACCGCCGCACUCGUCGCCAAUGACCUGGUCGACCUCGUCCGCCGCGCCCGCGCAGCCGCAGCCGAGCGGGUUCUCGAGCUCGCUUCCUCGACCGACGCGACGACGAGUCUGAGCGACAUCGCCCACGCCGGCGUAGCGCUCACCUCUCUCGACUUCAAUUCCGCGCUCGACAAAGCUCGCUCGGCGUACUCGGAGAGUAUCGGCGCGCCCAAGAUCCCGAAUGUCACGUGGGACGAUGUUGGUGGACUGGCGAAUGUCAAGAGCGACAUUCUUGAUACGAUUCAGUUGCCGCUUGAGCACCCGGAGUUGUUUGCGGACGGGCUCAAGAAGCGCAGUGGUAUCCUCCUCUACGGCCCACCGGGGACGGGCAAGACUCUCCUCGCGAAAGCGGUCGCGACCUCGUGCUCUCUCAACUUCUUCUCCGUCAAGGGUCCCGAGCUGCUCAACAUGUACAUCGGCGAAUCGGAAGCGAACGUCCGUCGAGUCUUCCAGCGCGCGAGGGACGCCAAACCCUGCGUCGUCUUCAUGGACGAGCUGGACUCGGUUGCGCCGAAGCGUGGGAACCAAGGUGAUUCGGGUGGCGUGAUGGAUCGGAUUGUGAGUCAGUUGCUGGCGGAGUUGGAUGGCAUGAGCGAGGGGAAGGGAGGGAACGACGUCUUCGUUAUUGGCGCGACCAACCGACCGGACUUGCUCGACCCUGCAUUGCUGCGACCUGGACGCUUCGACCGCAUGCUCUACCUCGGCGUUUCCAACACUCACCAAGCACAACUCAACAUCAUUCAAGCCCUGACGCGCAAGUUCAAGCUCGCGCCCGAGACGGACCUCGCCAAACUCGCCGAAAAGUGCUCGUUCAACCUCACCGGCGCCGACUUUUAUGCGUUGUGUUCGGACGCGAUGCUCAAGGCUAUGACGAGGAAGGCGGAGGUGGUGGAUAAGCGGAUAGCGGAACUGAAUGCCCAGCCGCCGUACUCGACGGGCGAGUCUCCGCUGCUCACGCCGCAGUACUACCUCGCCGAGAUGGCGACGCCAGCCGAGAUCGAGGUGCUUGUCGCCCAGCAAGACUUUGACGCCGCUCUCGCCGAGCUCGUGCCGUCCGUCUCGCAAGCCGAGAUGCUCCACUACAAGACUGUCCAGCAGCGCUUCUCCGCCGAGACGAUGAACAGCGACGACAACCUUGCCGCGAAGGAGAAGAAGGAGGCAGCGCCCGUCCCUUCGCCUUCGCCCUCGCUUCCGCAACUUCCGGCCGCCAUCCCCGGUCCCUUCAAGCCGAACGGAAUCGUCAAGGGUCCUGUCGAAAAGGUCGUCCCGAACGGUCUCGUCGUUGACGGCGUGCAGGACGUGGUUGACCCUGAGGAGGAGGAGAAGCGACGGAAGCGACGGGCGGCCAAGGGCAAGGGCAAGGCGCGGGCGGAAUAA